AUGAGUUGGAAUGUUAGGGGUAUAAAUAAGAAGAGUAAACAGGUGGUUGUUUUGGAAGUCUCGCGGAUUAAUAAGAUUGGUAUUGGAGCUCUACUAGAAACAAAAAUAAAAGGUGAUAAACUGAAGGAUGCUAUGGGAACUUGCUUUCAGGGAUGGAAUUAUCAUAACAGUAUAAGGAAGUUUUGCUUCACAGUGGUGUAUGGAUCAAAUCAAUUGGAUACUAGGAAACUGCUCUGGUGUAUUUUGCAUAAAGAGCUUGAAGAUGCUAGAAAUUGGCUUGAUCUUGGUCUGGUGGAAGAAAUGAAAUUACUGGGUACUUUUUACACCUGGUCUAAUAAUCAAGAAGGGGAUAAUCGAAUUUACUCUAAGCUAGAUAGAGUUUUUGUCAAUGAGGACUGGCUGGAUGUUUUUCCGUCUGUUAUUGCUGUUGCUAGUUGGGAAGUGUCUUUUGACCACUGUGCUAUAUUUCUGAAGCAAUCUGGUAUUAGUCAUCCACAAUUUAGAUCUAUUGUCCUAACUAACUGGAACAAGGAUCUUAGAAUCAAAGGAAGUGGGCUUGAUCAAGUGUACUGGAAACUUGUGCGUCUGAAGCAUGAUUUGAAAAAGUUCAAUUGGAGAAUUAUUGGGGAUGUGGCUAGAAGCUAUGAAGACUGUAAAACUGAGUUUCAAAAGGCUCGGUCUGAUCUUUUCUCUGACCCUCAGAAUCAGAUUUUAGCUUCAGCAGAGAGAGUCGCUUUUCAGAGAUUUAAACAGCAAGAAAAGAUUUAUGGCAGCAAUCUUAGACAAAAAAGUAAGAUAGAGUGGAUCCAAUUUGGCAAUGAAAAUUCUUCUUACUUUCAUGCCUAUAUAAAGCAAUGGAAGAGAGCUAAUAGGAUUACUUCUUAUAUAUCUGAAGAUGGUAAAGUUGAGGACAGUUAUCCUAAGGUAAUUUCUCACUUUAUUAACCAUUUUAAAUCAGUCCUGGGUUGUUCUAAUAAAGCUUCAGGGAAAGUUGAUUAUGUUAUAACAGAUUUGGGACCUGUUUUGAGUGUUGAAGACCAGUUGGCUCUCAUCAAACCUUUCUCAAACAAAGAGGUUAAAACAACUUUGUUUUGUAUCAGCUCUAUUAAAAGACCAGGUCCAGAUAGUUUUGGGGCGGGAUUCUUCAAAAGCUUAUGGAAAGACAUGGGGAAGGAGAUUUCUAAGGCUGUUCUUGAAUUUUUUGAUUCUGGGAUUAUUCCUAAAGCAAUGAAUAGCACUAUUUUAACUCUUAUCCCUAAGAUGGACCAUCCGAAAACAGCUGCUGACUUUAGGCCAAUCACCUGCUGCACUACUCUUUAUAAAUGCAUUUCCAAAAUGCUUUGUUAUAGAGUGUCUGGUAUUCUUCCAAAGUUGGUUAACCAAAACCAAGGGGCGUUUAUAAAAGACAGAUCUCUUGCUCAUAAUGUCUUAAUUCUUCAAGAUCUCUUAAAGGGUUACAAAAGGAAGUAUAGCUCUCCUCGUUGCUUAAUGAAGAUUGACUUGAGCAAAGCCUAUGACUCAAUUGAUUGGGACUUUCUUGAAAACUUGCUGAAAGCUUUUAAAUUUCCUGAUCGCUUCAUAAGAUGGAUCAUGACUUGUAUGAGAGGUGCUUCCUAUUGCCUUAUGUUGAAUGGCCGCCUUCAUGGUAACUUUCAAGGAGGUAAAGGUCUUCGCCAAGGCGAUCCCAUUUCUCCGUUACUAUUUGUCAUAGUUAUGGAGUAUCUCACUCGUUCCUUACUUCAAGCAGCUAAAGGAAAAGCAAAUUCUAGCUCCAUUCACAUUAUUCAGCAUUCUUUAGAGGAGUUUUCAGCAGCUUCAGGUCUGCUGAAAGAAGGUGAGUUUCCCAUGACUUAUCUUGGUCUGCCUUUGAGACCAACGAAGUGGAAGGCAAUGGACUGUGACUUAAUUCUAAAGAAGGUUAGACAGAGACUUUGUGUUUGGGCUAGUAGGAACCUUUCCUAUGCAGGGCGGGUGCAGUUGAUCCAAUCUAUUUUGUUGGGUAUUAGGAACUACUGGAUGAGCAUCUUCCUUUUACCUAAGAGUGUCCUCAAGGAGAUUGAUCAUCUUUGCAGAAUAUUUCUUUGGGGAGGUAAAGGAAAUAGGAGCAAAUUUCAUCUUACAUCUUGGGAGCUAGUUUGCUGCCCUAAGAGUCAUGGUGGGUUAGGUUUCAAGGAGGGGCCUCUAUGGAAUAGAAUGCUAUUAUCUAAAUUCAUUUGGGCUAUCUCUUCUAAACAGGAUUUGCUCUGGGUAAAAUGGGUUAACUGUAUUUACUUGAAAGGGAUUCAGAUUUGGGAUUACAAGUUGCAUCCGGAUGCCAGUUGGUAUUGGAAAAAAUUGAUUAAGAUUAGCAAAGAUUUCCCUUUUUCUUUGCUGGUUUCUGCUUCAGCUAAUGGAAAGCUGAUCUUGUCUAGAUUGUAUCAUUUGGUUUUGUCCAGCAGCCCAAAGCCUUUCAUGAAUUCAGUCUGGUGUUCUACUUCAGUGCCUAAUCACAAAUUCAUUCUUUGGCAAGAGGUCCUUCAAAAAUUGGCAACUAGAGAUCUGUUAAGCUACUGUCACGUUCCCCUUCCCUCCCUAUUGUGCCCGAUUUGUGAUCUAUUGCCUGAAAAUCACUCUCAUUUAUUUUUUGAGUGUGUUUUUUCUAGGAGAGUUGUGCAGGUUGUUUUUGAAUGGUUACAAGGGUUCUGUUGGCCUCCUAUCUUUACAGACUGGUGCAGUUGGCUGGAGGCUGACAGGAAUAACAUUACAUACCAGAUCACUAUUGCAGCUCUAGCAGCUUCAGUUUAUUACAUAUGGCUUACUCGGAACAGAUGCCAUUUUGACAGUAGUUGUUUUAUGGUUUCUACUGUAACUAGUCUAAUUAAAACCUCUGUUUCAGCUAGAUUAAUUGGCUUAAAGCUUCGAUCUAAGGCUAGGACUUCCAGAGCUAUUCAAAUGACUCAAUUCUUGUCUAGUCUGUAUUGA